AUGUUGCCAUUUAUCUGCAGGAGGAAUCAAGGGCAGUCUAUAGACCAGACAUCGGCACCUCAGGUCAUUCAAGAAGGAGACUCUCUAUUACUGGAAUGCACAUAUAAAAUUUCAGGGAAUCCUUAUCUUUUUUGGUAUGUCUUGUAUCCGGGUCAAGCUCCUACCAUGCUGCUUAAUGACUUAACACGGAAGAGUGAGAAAAACCAUAAAGGAUUUACAGGAACGCACGAAUCAAAGAAAAAGUCUUAUAAUAUGAACAAAAAUCAGGUUGAAGUCAGUGACUCUGCCAUGUAUUUCUGUGCAGUGAGCGACACAGUGAAUAAAACCCACAGCUCACCUGUCACAUAA